AAUUGUUUUGUUUACAAAUUUCACAAAAUUUACUUAUCAAAUAAAAUUUGAUCAAUUUAAAUGUUGUGGCUUAUUGUAGGUGUAAUAUUGAUACUGACAAAAACAGCGCAACCAAUACCCUACGACUGCAAUGACUUAUUGAUGGGUCAAUAUUUAUGUCCCGAUCCAGCCAGAAAGUACAUUGAUCCGGAAACGCAACAGCUAAUAGGCUGCACAAAGGAAAAUAAAGCAAAAGUUUGGUGUGUGGCAGUAGACGGUAUCGAAUGCUUAGAAACGGGGAAUACUACAUUUACACGUGAAAUGCCUUGCAAAUGGACGAAUGGUUAUCACUUGGAUACGAGCUUAUUACUUGCAGUAUUCCUUGGUAUGUUUGGAGCGGAUCGAUUUUAUUUGGGUUACCCAGGAAUUGGUUUACUAAAGUUUUGCACACUUGGUGGUAUGUUCUUGGGACAACUAAUAGACAUUGUACUAAUUGCCACCCAGGCAGUGGGGCCGGCAGAUGGAUCAGCGUAUGUAAUUCCAUAUUAUGGCGCAGGUUUAAAAAUCGUACGCAGUGAUAACACUACAUAUCGUUUGCCAAGGGAUGAUUGGUGACAAAAUGUCUUCAAAUUUCAAUGUUUAUGUUAUGUAUAGAAUUAUUAUAAUUAAGCUAUAAAUAUUGUAGAUACUAGAAAAUUUAAAAGGUAAGUACAGAGUU